AUGCCCAGUAUCUUCGCCUACCAGAGCUCCGAGGUGGACUGGUGCGAGGUGAACUUCCAGCACUCGGAGCUGGUGGCCGAGUUCUACAACACGUUCAGCAAUGUCUCCUUCUUAAUCUUGGGGCCGCUCAUGACAUUCCUGAUGCACCCCUACAUCCAGAAGCGCUCCUGCGGCAGCUACAGCACCUUGUUCCUCUUCACAGUGACAGGCCUGUUCUCCAUGUACUUCCACAUGACACUCAGUUUCCUGGGCCAGCUCCUGGACGAGAUCGCCAUCCUGUGGCUGCUGGCCAGUGGCUACAGCAUCUGGAUGCCCCGCUGCUACUUCCCUGCCUUCCUUGGGGGCAACAGGUCCCUGUUCACCUGUCUGGUGGUCGUCAUGACCGUGAUCAGCACCCUCCUGUCCUUCCUGCGGCCCACGGUCAACGCCUACGCCCUCAACAGCAUCGCCAUCCACAUCCUCUACAUCGUCUACCAGGAGUACAAGAAGACCAGCAACAAGGAGUUGCGGCAUUUGAUUGAGGUCUCCGUGGUGCUGUGGGCCAUCGCUCUGACCAGCUGGAUCAGCGACCGCUUCCUAUGCAAUUUCUGGCAGUGGAUUAAGUUCUUUUACCUGCACAGCGUCUGGCACGUGGUCAUCAGCAUCACCUUCCCUUACGGCAUGGUCACCAUGGCCUUGGUGGACGCCAGCUACGAGAUGCCAGGCCAAACCCUCAAAGUCCGCUACUGGCCGCGGGACACCUGGCCUGUGGGGCUGCCCUACGUCGAAGUCCAAAGCGAUGACAAGAACUGCUGA